UUAAUUGUGGAGAUUUCUUCGGUGUCAGCAGAUUCUCUAAAUUACUGUGCGAACAGCGGAUUAAUAUCGGAGUUAAUUGGAGAGCUGACGGGAGACGACGUGCUGGUCAGGGCCACGUGUAUAGAGAUGGUGACCUCGCUGGCGCACACUCCGCACGGGCGUCAGUAUCUUGCUCAACAAGGAGUCAUCGAUAAAAUUUCGAACAUCAUCGUCGGCGCCGAGUCUGAUCCUUUCUCAGCCUUCUAUUUACCAGGAUUUGUUAAGUUUUUUGGAAAUCUGGCUGUCGUAGACAGCCCGCAGCAGAUCUGCGAACGAUACCCUGUCUUUAUGGAAAAAGUCUUUGAAAUGGCGGAAAGUCACGAUCCGACCAUGAUUGGAGUGGCUGUGGACACGCUGGGAGUCCUGGGAUCAAAUGUGGAAGGCAAACAGGUUUUACAGAAAUCUAGAAGCAGAUUUCAAAAUCUGUUGAACAGAAUAGGGCACCAGGCGAAGAAUGCCCCCACGGAGUUACGGCUGCGGUGCUUGGAUGCAAUUUCAUCUCUUCUUUACCUGCCUCCGGAGCAGCAGACAGAAGACCUUUUAAGAAUGACCGAAUCGUGGUUCACCUCCCUGUCCAGCCAGCCCCUGGAACUUUUCAGGAGCAUCAGUACUCAGCCCUUCCCCGAUCUCCACUGUGGGGCUUUACGGGUAUUUACUGCUAUCGCCAACCAACCGUGGGCCCAGAAGCUGAUGCUUGCCAGCCCAGGGUUUGUGGAGUACAUUGUAGACAGAUCGGUGGAGCCUGACAAAGCUUCGAAGGAUGCCAAAUACGAACUCGUUAAGGCCCUCGUAAACUCUAAAACCAUUGCGGAAAUCUUUGGCAAUCAGUAUUACUUGAGGCUUAGGGCUUACCUGCGGGAAGGCCCCUACUACGUGAAGGCAGUCUCGACUACAGCUGUGGAAGGAGCAGAAUAA